AUGAUUAAACUUUUAGCAGGUUGCGGGUUUCGAGUUAGCAAAAAGGUUGCUCGACGUUAUUCAUCAUCUCCAUCAUAUUGCCGUGGCAAGGAUAGGGCAACCAUGGCGGUACGAAUUGAUGGUUUACAGAAGGAUAUCUCAAAAGAUGAUUCGGCAUCUCAGUUACCUCCUGAAGGGGAACUUUUGUGUGCUUUUGAAGAAGUUUUGAAUAAAAUGGAUCUUCCUCCAGAUAAGAUGCGAAUUUUGAGAAGCUAUGAUUUAAAUAAGAAAUGGGAGUUGGUUUGUGAUCAGAGAAGAAUGUGUGCCGUGGCAGAUCCCUCUGUGUAUCUGGAAAAGUUGGCAGUUUAUUUGGAUCGGAGAGUUUCCAAAAAGAAGAAAAAAUUACUGGGUGAUGAAACAUCAACGAAAAUAUUAAAACAUAUCGAGAUUUCAUUGCGAACAAAUACUAUCGAUUGGGUGCGAAUGUUUCUGAACGAUCAGAAUAAUGGCUUGAAUAUGUUAAUCGAUUACUUAACACAACUUCAAGAAGAUGGAAGCUGGGGAAGCAAUUCAAAUCAGGAUGGUGCUUCAUCAAGUGGAGCAUUUCCCUAUUCACAUGCAUCUCAGAAUCAUAGCUUAGCAGUUUUGAAUCCCAACGACAAUGAUCAUUCUUCGGAUGAAAGAAUAACGGGUGGCUUAUUUCGGCGAACAAUAAGUGUUACAAAGAAAAAUUUAAAGAAUCAUGGUGAUCGUGAUGAUGAUAUACAUGUUUGUGUGAGCUGUUUACGAGCAAUCAUGAAUAAUAAGUACGGGUUUAAUAUGGUGUUCAAUAAUCCACAAGCAAUUUAUUGUAUAGCUCGAAGUAUUCUGCAUCAAAGUUUACGGACUAAAGCUUUGGCGUUAGAAUUACUUGCAGCAAUAUGUCUUGUCAAUGGUGGGCAUGAUUUGAUAAUUAGUGCAUUUAAUCGCUUCCGAUCGGAAUACAAAGAAACCUAUCGAUUUCAACUAUUGCUUUCAUAUUUUUUAAAACCACCGGAAUUCAAUGUUGAUUUUAUGACAUCAUGUAUGCAGUUUUUCAACAUUGUGGUACAUUCUACGGAAAGUAUGAACUAUCGCAGUUACUUGCAAUAUGAGCUUACUCUUCUGGGUCUUGAUGAUUAUUUAGAGGUCUUACGAAAUACGGAAUGUGAACAGUUACAAACACAUGUAAAUGCAUAUUUGGAUAACAAGAUUGAUGUACAUUUUUUAUUGGAUGAGACCGAUAAAAAGGUCGAAUUGGAAGCAGAGAAUAGUCGUCUUAGUGAUGAGUUAUCGAAGAUCAAGGAAAGAUUACAAGUAGUGGAAGCCGAUUACAUAGCUCGUUUGGCACAACUUGAUCGUCGUUUGAAGGAGUUAAAUGCAGAGAAAGAAAAACUUUUAAAGGAGCACGAUUCCACGUUAAACACAAUGAGGCGGACAUUAAGUGAGAAAGAUAAAGCAAGUCGAGAGCAGCAAGCGAAACUGGAAUCUAGAAUACAAGAACUUGAAAGAAUGCAAGCAAACAUGAAAGCUGGUUUAAUUGAGGCUAAGAAAGAACCUGUAUCAACGAUAAAUUCGCCAAGUCCUCCACCACCACCACCACCACCUUCAGGACUUCAUGAGGGAAGAGAACCUGCAAAUUUGGCACCAGCAAAUAAUAUUCCACCACCUCCACCACCACUUCUGAUAAACAAUGCAGUCGGAAAAUUGCCCCCACCACCACCACCGCCACUGUUAAAUUCAAUCAAAUCUUCACAGAUGUCUUCAAAAAUUUCUCCUCCUUCAAGCGAUGUUAUGACCAUCAAAAAAAUUUACAAUACUAGGAAUAAGCUGCCACUAUUAAAUUGGUGUCCAUUGAAGCCAAAUCAGGUGAAAGAUACAGUUUUCAACAAUCUUGAUGAUGAAAAGAUAAUGGAUAAAAUUGACUUCACUGCUCUGGAAGAUUUAUUCAAAAUUGGAAUUGCCAAACGCCCUGAUACCACCGAGUCAUGCCCUCCAGGACAGUUUUCUCCAAAUGGCAUCAGUAAUGGUAGUACAGUCAAGAAGAAUUCAAUUUUGGAUACGAAACGUUUGCAAAAUAUCGCAAUCACAUGCCGAAAGUUGGCAAUGAGUGCACCGGUGAUUAUGUCUGCUGUUCAUCGAAUGGAUUUGAAAGCCCUUGUUCCAGAAAGUGUCGACAUUUUAAUAAAGAUUGCACCAACUCAUGAGGAAAUAGUGAAAUUCAAGGAAUAUGAAUUAGAGCAUAAAAAUUUUUCGGACCUUUCGGACGAAGAUCAAUUUCUUGCUCAGCUCGUCAAAAUCGAACGGUUUGAGCAUAAAAUAAAAAUCAUGUCUUUCAUGGCAACAUUUGAUGAAAGUGCCGAUCUGCUAGAACCGCAAUUUGUCAAUUUAACGGCAGCUUCGAAAUGUGUCCGUGAAGCAACAAAAUUCCAUCGGCUUUUGGAAGUACUGCUUGCAUAUGGGAAUUAUAUGAACAGCGGGCGAAAAGGAGGUGUUUAUGGUUUCAAAUUAUCAAGUUUGGAUACGCUUUCUGGUUUGAAGAGUUCAGUAGAACGAUCGCUUUCAUUACUUCAUAUUAUCGCAGAAACAGUUUCACAAAGUUUUCCCGGAUUAUUAGAUUUUGCCGAUCAGUUGAAAUUUGCCGAUAAAGCCAGCAACAUAAUGUGGGAAGCAGUUUUGGCCGAUAUGCGAGAAUUAGAAGCAAAUUUUGCCUCAGCUAAGAAAGAACGAGAAUUGAAAGGAGGAGAUUGUCCGUCAUCAUUAAUCGAUUUUCUGGACAAAUGUGAAAAGCGAAUUUCAGUUUUACAGGGACAAUGCAAGACAGCUUCCGAAGCUUUCACUGCAUGCGUAGAAUUUUAUGGCGAAUCAUCACGAAAUCAACAACCGCAUGCAUUUUUUUCACGAUUAUUGACAUUUGCAAAACGAUUCCAGCAAGCAGUUGCUGAAAAUGAAGCUCGCCAUGCUGCAUCACAGCGUUCCCAAGAAGAACAAAUGAGACGCCAGCGAAUUGGUGUAAGACGACGGGUAGCAAAAGAUGAACAGACUGAAAACGUAAUCGACGAACUGGUACAGAGGAUUGCGAUGACUGAUCCUAAUUGCGAACUUGCUUUAAAGACAAGAAAACCAAAAGUGGAUUCCAGUCAAAUUGAUGAUGGCGAUUUUGAAAGAAUUAUGAAUGGUUUAAAGGAAGGAGCUUACGUAACAUUUGAUGGUGCACUAAGUACAAAGCGUUAUAGCUCAUCGUUUGUAUCGAAUAGCAAGAAAAGCUCGCAUCCGCCACCUGUUGGACCGAAAACAAAUCGAACACUGGAGAAUUACGAACGCUCCUAA